GAGAAAUUGACACGCUUCACAAACACACAUGGGCACGAACCAGCACAUUCACAAGAUCCGUCUCCGCCCACGCGGCACAAUCCUCACGCGCCCACAGACAGACGCACCCUCACGACCGUCGCUUCGCAGUCGACUUCAACCGAUCGAAAAAAUCUUGCAUCUCAGCAUCAUUAUCGGCUGCUGCCCCUCCGUCAUCAUCCCCGCCACCCAGCGAUGCCGCAGCAGCAGCUGCUGCUGCUGCUGCUGGUCCGGGUGCUCGCCCCUGUGUCAUCCCCCCUCUGCCCCGGCCUCUCCCGGUGAACAUGCCCCUGGGUGGCGCAAAGAAUGGCGGCACCGACCGAGGUGCUGGUGGGUUGUGGAUGGCCUGGGGAGGUGGUACGAUGGGCCGCCAGGGGGCUGCAGAUGAGGGGGCGGGGUGGUACGGGUUGGGGGGGUUCUGGUCGAGGAAGAUGGAGUCAGCGGGGGUCAUCAUCUCGUCACCGUCCCUCUGGUAGCAGAGAAGGAGCAGAUGGAUUGGGCGGCUGUGUGUUGGUUUGGAAAUUGCUGACCUGGGGUGCGUGUGUGCGUGCGAAGGCCGUGGGUGGUCCGUCCACUGAUGAGUCGAGCGGUCUCUUGGUGCGCGACCCGCCACUUGACGAUGACGAGAGCCCCUGAGCUGCGAUGACCUGCACCAUGGAUGGGCAACACACACGACACGGCCGGCCAUGAGAGGGUUGAUGUGGGGAGCCGUGUGUGGUGCCAUCCAUCCAUCCACCCUGUGUGCCAUACAUUUAGGCUGCGUAGUGAGAUGAUGAACAGUUUUCCCGUGGGUCCCUCCUCGAAGGCCGUCACCUGACACAGAGACAGACAGACAGACACGUUUAUGGAUGAAUGAGACGGGGAGUGAUCGACACGGACGUCGUUGAGUAUGAGCGUCGCCCCGUGCUGCAGGGUGUGUGCAGACGCCUGCCACGCCUGAGACAAGGCAGGCAGCAAAGGACAAGGAGGAAUAAUCGACCGUGUGUGCAAAUGGUUCGGGGUUUUCCUGUACGGUGGCCGGCUUACGUCGCGCUGCACGACGGCAGGCAUCUGCCCCGUUGGGUCCUGAGAACAAGGAUACAGAGCAUUGCAGACAGGCCAGUGGCGUGGGGUGCGCACAGGUUCUGUGUGUCUUACUGCGACGAGUAUGACGGUCCCAUCGUCAGAGGACUUGAUGACGCUCUUGAGCAGAACCAACAUCUGCGGCACCUACACACACACCACACACGCACAGCACAGGCGAGGAGGUGCAUGCCAUGCGAUCCUCUCUCUAUACGGCCGUGGUGGCGUCACCUUCAUGAAAGGUUUGUUGGACCGCAGGAUGGACGCAAUGUUGUUCUUAGCCACGAAACUAUGGACACAGCAACCACUCCACACAAACCUGGGUGGGUGCGGUGCGUGUGAGGGUCAUGGGUACCUACCUAUUGGCGCUUGCAGGGUCGCUUUGCGAUGGGUAGUAGGUCUUGCCGACGUGAAAAUCUAACCACACACAACAGAGAGGCAAAUGGGCCAUCGCGGGGCUGGGCGUGUUGUGUUGUGUUGGGUGUGGUUUGCCUACCGUCAUGAACAGGCAGCCCGAGGGCCUCCAGGGCCUCCAUCCACGAUGCAAAGUCACCCAAGAAAUCUGACAAACGAAAGAAGGAUUGAGAUUGACACAUGACGCCUUUGUCUUCGCAGCGCAGCAUAUUGAUCACAUACAUGGUUUUCCGGCGUCAGCGUCACCAUCGUCGUCAUCCUCCUCCUCAUCGUCGCCCCCACCGUCACCAUCCUCACUAAGCAGACAAGAACACACACAGCGGCAUGACUGACUGUAGGUGCAGUGCAGUGCACCUGGCCAGCCAGCCUACUUACUGCUUCAUUCUCUUCAUCUUGAUGGCCCUCCGCCUGCCCAUCUGCAGCCCCGCCGGACCAGGCAGCCGCAUCGGACCCCCAUCGCCCUCGUCGCCCACCUCAUCCAACAUGAAAGCAUCCAUGCCAUCAUCACCACCACCACCACGGCCUCCCCCCUCCCUCUCCCCCCCUCUGCUGUGCGAUGCCUGUGAUGAGGCCGCCAGUGACGACUGCACGACGCCCGAGAACGGCUUCUUGACUACCGUGCCGGGCUUCAUGAGCAGGCCGCCAGCCAGUCUCUUGAGUGGCCGGGGAUGGUUUGCCGUGAGCUGCGAUGGCAUGAAGGGCGCGGGAGGGGGAGGGGGAGGGGGAGGGGGCAUGGAGGCCUGUGACGGAGGCGGGCGGAAGGGACGAUUGUUGCUAUUGUAUGCGGCGCUGGCCUGUGGCGCCCUCUGGCUCUGCCAGAAGGGGGGCUGCUCCGAUGCGGCGACGGGGUUGUCCGAUGCGAUGUCGUCCCAGGCCUGGCUGCUGCCGUCGUCGCGCCCAGAUUGGUAUGCUCUUCCGUUGCUCGGCUGGGAAGGUCCCGUCGGAUGACGAAACUGCGCACCGCCCAGCGGUCGAAGCCCUGCAGGUCGCUGGGACGCCCGGAAUGGAGGCUGCUGCGAUGGAGGGAAGGGCGGCUGAGAGGGUAGGUGGUCCUGCGAUGCCAGACCACCACUCUGCGACAAGAACGCGCCCUGCAGACCACCUCCGAACAGCCGCCUGCCGCCACCUUGUCCGCCUGCCGCUGCUGCCGCUGCUGGUGCUGCUGCUUCGCCUCCACUGUUUGACUGGAUCAGCGGUCGGUUUGGCCCAGUCGGCUGCUGGAACGCUCGUCUGAAGCCCAGGGCUCCUCUGUUGAAUCCGAACCGCCGGGCGGGCGCGGCCGGCUGUCGAAACGAAGGGUCCGGUGCAGCUGAAGCAGAGCCGACGCCCUCAUCUUGCGAACUGCACAGAAACGCGUCCAU